UUAACCCUGAAGCCGAGCAACAGUCGUAAUGUGGGGGUGUCUUUAGACUACAUGUCUAAGGUGACCUAUCAGGACGCAAUGAGGGAACAGAUGGCCGUUACCAACCCCAACACAACGGGCCUGAAAGCCCCAGGUCCUUCGCAUAUGCAACAGUCUGUGCUGAGGAGGCCGAGCUGGAAAGGCUCUAAGGAGUCUUUGGCUCCUCGACACGGUCCCAUCAUGGUAGAUGGAAUAUUGUACCGCUCCGACAGCCCUGGACCACCUCCGGCCUUCCCUCAGGGUCACCCUGCGAACAGCCAGAGAGUCAACCCUCCGCUGCCACCUCAGGUGCGCAGUGUGACACCUCCACCAAAUCGUGGUGCCAUGCCUCCUUCAACGUCCUGGGACAGCAACCCGUCAACCAAGCGCUACUCUGGUAACAUGGAUUACCUGGUGCCCCGUAUCUCUCCAGUACCCCAGGGGGCCUGGCCUGAUGGGUACUCAGCUGCAGCUUCUCAGAACCAGCGCGGGAUCAGUCCAGUGUCUGUGGGCCACCAGCCCAUCAUAAUGCAAAGUUCUGGAGGGAGUAAGUUCACCUUCCCUUCCAGCUGGUCUCAGAAUGGCUCCCCUCAGCCAGACUACAUGGCGGGGAACAGUCGACAGCCCCCUCCCCCAUACCCAGUCAACCAGAGCAGCCGGCACAGUCCCACUGAUCAGAUGGGAGGACCCGCAUCCUCUCCCUCGUACGUAAAUGGUGGAAACAUCCCUCAGUCCCUGAUGGUACCCAACCGGAACAGUCACAACCUUGAUUUGUGCAACAUUGGCCCUCCUCAGUCCUGGGCCCAGCCCCCUCUGGUCUCCAAUCAGCCUCAGUCCUCUUCCGGCAACAGCGGCAACCAAGAUCUGUCCCCAUCGUGGCAACACAACAUGCCAGUCCGCUCCAACUCCUUCAACAACCACCAGCUGAAUGGCAGAGGACCUCACCCGACCAGCUCCCAGCCCUCUGCCACCACAGUCACUGCCAUCACCCAAGCUCCCAUCCUGCAGCCAGUCAAAAGCAUGCGUGUUCACAAACCUGAGUUGCACACCGCUGUGGCGCCCACACACCCUCCAUGGUUGCAGCAGGCUCCACCACCACCAGCUGCACCUGCCUACCAAGAGCCCCCAGCUCCUGCUCCUCAGAUCCCUGUAGUAGCAGAAGUACCCAGCUACCAGGGUCCUCCUCCUCCCUACCCUAAGCACCUCCUCCAGCAGGCGGCGGCACCUUUACCCCCAGCGUACGAUCCAGGUGUGAAUAAACUCGGCUCUGGCAGGGACGAGCCGGCUGAGGAGGAGGGCGGCGGAGGUGACAACUCCAGAGACAAGACGGCAGAAAACGCCAAAAGCACCACAGCGACGGAGAAGGAGAAGAAACAGAUCACGACAUCGCCCGUUCCCGUCCGCCGUAACAAGAAAGACGAGGAGCGGAGGGGAGAGUCCGGCAGGAUCGCACUGUACUCCCCUCAGGCCUUCAAGUUCUUCAUGGAGCAACACGUGGAGAACAUCUUAAAGAACCAUCAGCAGCGGAUCAGACGGAGGAAGCAGCUGGAGAGUGAGAUGCAACGGGUGGGUCUGUCUUCAGAAGCCCAGGAGCAGAUGCGUAUGAUGCUCUGUCAGAAAGAGUCCAACUACAUCCGGCUAAAGCGAGCCAAGAUGGAUAAGUCCAUGUUCAAACGAAUCAAGACCCUCGGCAUCGGCGCUUUCGGUGAGGUGUGUUUGGCCAGAAAAGAGGACACGGGAGCUCUGUAUGCCAUGAAAACUCUCCGCAAGAAGGACGUGCUGCUGAGGAACCAGGUGGCCCACGUAAAGGCCGAGAGGGACAUCCUGGCUGAAGCCGACAACGAGUGGGUGGUGCGUCUCUACUACUCCUUCCAAGACAAGGACAACCUGUACUUUGUCAUGGAGUACAUCCCCGGAGGAGACAUGAUGAGUCUUCUGAUCCGACUCGGCAUCUUCAAAGAGGAGCUGGCUCAGUUUUACAUCGCAGAGCUCACCUGCGCCGUGGAGAGCGUCCACAAGAUGGGCUUCAUCCACCGGGACAUCAAACCUGACAACAUUCUCAUCGACCGAGACGGACACAUAAAGCUGACCGACUUCGGUCUUUGUACCGGUUUCCGCUGGACACACGACUCCAAGUAUUACCAGAGCGGCGACCACGUGAGGCAGGACAGCAUGGACUUCAGUAAAGAGUGGGAAGACCCGGCUAACUGCCGCUGCACCGACCGACUGAAGCCUCUGGAGCGGAGGAAGGCUCGGCAGCACCAGCGCUGUCUGGCUCACUCGCUCGUGGGGACGCCCAACUACAUAGCACCAGAAGUGCUGCUCCGAACAGGAUACACCCAGCUCUGUGAUUGGUGGAGCGUCGGUGUCAUCCUGUAUGAAAUGGUUGUCGGACAGCCUCCCUUCUUAGCGACCACGCCCCUGGAGACGCAGCUGAAGGUGAUAAACUGGAAGAGCACGCUGCACAUUCCCCCACAAGCCAAGCUCAGCCCGGAGGCGUCCGAUCUCAUCGUCAAACUGUGCCGAGGUCCUGAGGACCGCCUCGGCAAGAACGGCGCGGACGAAAUCAAAGCCCAUCCUUUCUUCAAGACCAUCGACUUCUCCAGUGACCAGAGACAGCAGGUGGCGCCGUACAUCCCCACCAUCGCCCACUCCACAGACACCUCCAACUUCGACCCCGUGGACCCGGACAAGCUGUGGAGCAGCGACAGCGAUGGCGAGGACAACCUCAACGACACGCUCAACGGCUGGUUCCGCAACGGCAAACACCCCGAGCACGCCUUCUACGAGUUCACCUUCCGCCGCUUCUUCGACGACAACGGCCACCCGUACAGCUGCCCCAAGCCCAUCGAGUAUGAGGGCUACGAGGACGAGGCGGAAUCCGAGAGCCCGGUGCAGGAGGCAGCCGGCAGCUCAGCGCCACAGGGCCGAGACCUGGUCUACGUGUAGCACCAGACUGAGCCGCUUGUACAUAGCGAGUUUGCUGAAGGUGUGAGUGAGUGUGUGUACGUGUGUGUGUGCGUGUGUGUGUGUGUGUGUGUGUGUGUGGAGGGGGUUUGAACAGAACAGCAUUUAAAACAUUAAACGUAGAAAGUGUGUUUGUUGGAUGAAAACUCUACAGAGAUCCAAUCACCAGACUUCAGAUAUUCACACGACGACUUAAAGGAACAGUUAAAAACACUAAUUUGCUUCUUCACU